AGAAUAUUUUUCUCUCUGAUAGGUAUAGUAGCAUAUUUGUGAACUCCACUUCUUUUUCCAACAACCAUCCAUCAUCUCCAAAGCUUACUGUCAACCUCUUUUCAUUUCCACAAAAGCCCUAAUUUCAAACCUUUUUUUUGGACGAUUGCACCAUCAAUUAUCCAUACCCUCCUUCUUUCUCUCUCUAGUACUUGCACUUGUAUACCCUUUUCUAGGUAAAAAGAAAGAGAAAUAACUGCAUAUUUCUGCCAAUCUUUCAUUCAACACUUUCUUAUUGACAAAACUACAAAACCCAAAACCAAGUCACUGCAGUUGAUCUUCUCUAGCUUGUUUUUUCUAGCGUAAAGAUUCAUUCUUCAUAAACUCUGAAUCUUGAUCUACACUCUCAUGCUAUCUUCUUUAUCUACUUCGUUUACCACUUCGAGAAUCUUGUUGAAACCCUAAAGUACCAUCCAGACCUAAAAUUAGGGUUUCUUUUUUCUUGAAUACCUAUUGUUUUCUGGUGAAAUCCUAGAUUGGAUUUAGCUGGAUCUAUCUUUUUUGUUGUAGUCAAUUAUAUAUUAAAGAUGGAAAAAUAUCACUCUUUUACAAUGGAUGUAGCUCAAGUACAAGAUGUUGACUCGAUCAUCACCACGAACUUUAACGCAAAUAUGUUGAGCCCAACAGCCUCUUCAUCCUCGCCAACUUCUUCUUCCCCGGCCACCACACUCAGCCGCUACGAGAACCAAAAACGCCGUGACUGGAACACUUUUGGACAGUACCUACGUAACCACCGUCCGCCGUUAACACUUUCCCGGUGCAGCGGUGCACAUGUUCUUGAAUUCCUCCGGUACCUCGACCAGUUUGGCAAGACAAAAGUCCAUACGCAACUUUGUCCGUUCUUCGGCCAUCCCAAUCCACCAGCACCUUGCCCCUGCCCCCUCCGUCAGGCAUGGGGCAGCCUUGAUGCACUCAUCGGCCGUCUCCGGGCAGCGUAUGAGGAGAACGGAGGGAAGCCGGAGACUAACCCAUUUGGAGCUCGUGCUGUCAGGCUUUAUUUACGUGAAGUUAGAGAUUCUCAAGCUAAAGCAAGAGGGAUAAGCUAUGAAAAAAAGAAGAGAAAACGGCCGCCGCAGCUGCCACAGUCGCUGCAGCCGCCUGCUCCACUUUCUUGAUCAAGUUAGCUGCUUUCUAGUCCGAAAAGAAUUCUACCCAAUUAAAUACCCAUCGUCAUAUGAAUGGGUAUAUAUUAACUUUAAACUCUUUCAAUUUCUUGAAUUGUAUGUCCCUAAAUUAUCAUGCCUGUGGUAUUACUGUUGUUAUUAGACGAUUCACAUAAUUGCCACUGUUGAUGACAGAAAAAAAAAUGAGAUAAGAAAAGGUAAGAAGCAGUGAUUUCAGUUGUAGUUAAAUUGCUACUGCUGGGUCUAAUUCUGUAUACAGCCUUCUAAAUCAAACACCCGUGUGUGACUUCGUUAGUUUUCGAUGAUCAAAGGUUUGUAAUGAACGCAAUGAUGGUAAUUAUUUAAAGUGUAAGUUUGUGAUUUUUAAGAUUUUCUUCUAA